CAAUAUGGUAUAAAAGGGCGUUGAAGGCAUCUGUGUUUGUUUGCUAUUGACUUCUCUUUCUUUUUUUUAUCACAUCAAUGAGUAGCAACGGUACCGAUACUACUGCUGUCUACGCCUCAGAGUUUAACUCAGGCGAUAUUGCUUGGGUGCUUGCAUCCACUGCCCUUGUAUGGCUUAUGAUUCCUGGUGUUGGUUACUUCUACUCUGGAAUGGCAAGAAGCAAGAAUGCCCUUUCUCUCAUUAUGCUGUCAGUCAUUUCUAUUGCUGUCGUUUCCUUCCAGUGGUGGUUAUGGGGAUAUUCUUUAACCUUCAGUAAAACUGGUGGCAAGUUUAUUGGUAACCUUGAUAACGCCUUCUUCAGAGGUGUCCUCGGCGAUCCUUCUAUUGGUAGCCCUAAGAUCCCUGAUCUAGUCUUCGCUGUUUACCAGUGCAUGUUCGCUGCCAUUACCCCUGCCCUUGCUAUCGGUGCUGCUGCCGAACGCGCUCGUAUUCUCCCCAUGAUUGUAUUCAUCUUUGUCUGGUCUACUGUUGUGUAUGAUCCCAUUGCCUGCUGGACCUGGAAUGCCAAUGGUUGGUCUUACCUCAUGGGAGGUCUCGAUUUCGCAGGAGGUACCCCUGUCCACAUUAGCUCUGGUGCCGCUUCCCUUGCUUAUGCUUUGAUCUUGGGUAAGCGUCAAGGUCACGGAAAGGAGGACUUCAGACCCCACAAUAUGUCCAAUGUUGUUCUUGGUACUGCCUUCCUUUGGUUCGGUUGGUUCGGUUUCAACGGUGGCUCUGCUCUUGCUGGCAACCUUCGUGCUGCUAUGGCCUGUGUUGUCACUAACAUUGCUGCUUCUACCGCUGGUCUUACCUGGAUGCUUCUCGACUAUCGUCUGGAGCGUAAGUUCUCUGCUGUCGGUUUCUGCUCUGGUGCCGUUGUUGGUCUUGUUGCCAUUACCCCCGCUUCUGGUUUUGUUGGUCCCGCUCCUUCCGUUGCCAUUGGAUUCAUUGGCGCCAUUGUUUGCAACUUUGCCUGCAAGCUUAAGCACCUUCUCGAUUACGAUGAUGCUCUCGAUGUCUUCGCCAUUCACGCUAUUGGUGGUGCCGUUGGUGAUGUUCUCACCGGUAUCUUCGCUGAAUCUUAUAUUGCUGGCCUUGACGGUGUUACCGUUAUCCCAGGAGGUUGGCUCAACCGCAACUGGGUCCAAGUUGGAUACCAGAUUGCUGAUGCAUGUGCCGGUAUGAGCUGGUCUUUUGUCGUCACAUAUAUUAUCCUUUUCAUCAUGGACAAAAUCCCUGGAUUGUCACUCCGUAUUGAUCCAGCAAAGGAAUUAGUCGGUUUGGAUGAAGCUGAAUUUGGCGUUGCUGCUUACUACCACGUUGAUAAGAUCAUUACUGUUGAUCCCAAAACCCAAGAACCUCAAGUUGUCGAACAAGUCUCCGACCUCGAGAAGGGCAAGGUUUCUGCCCCAUCACAACUCAACAACGUCUAAAACACUCUGCCAUUCCUACCUACUGCAUUCUUGUAGAAUCUAUUUUUUCGCCACCCUUAACCAUAACUUCCCAAUAUGCUACUGAACUAUACUCAUCAUUUCUAUAAUAUUUGCUAAUAUACAGCUACUUGUACAAUUACGUU